GCCGACUGGGAGACAGGUGUAAAGGGUGGUGAGCGGAAACUUUGGAAUCCGAGAGAGUAAACUGGUGCCAUUGUCACCCUCAACGUCCACCACUCAACUCCACAGGCCAAUCUCGACGAGCUUAAAGCUUCCUUGAUGGGCUCUCUCUAAGAAUUGUCUCCAUCACCUCUAAUACUGACAAGACAACUCGCACGGUAACGCAACCUCUACACAAAAUGCCCGCAAAAGGAGCGAAAUCUGCGGUUGCAAAACCAAAACCAGCAGCUACCCAUCUCCCUCAUGGCUACGAAUUUGGAGGACCGUAAGCUCACCCGCCCCUCUCUGGAGAUAUUCUUUAACAGUAUUUACAGAAUUGGUGCUUUCGCAGUCUCCUUUUUCCUUCCAGUACUCGUGUAUGCGUUUACCCUGCUUUGUAACGAUAUCUCUGGAUGCCCGGUACCUUCGACCCUCUCCCCUUCGACCUUGACAAUCGAGAACCUUAAACGAGAUGUUGGAUGGCCCGCGAAUGGAGUCUGGGGUCUGGCAAGCUGGGAUGUAUCUGCGAAAGUUUUGGGAUACUACUUUUUGACCUUGGUCCUUCAUCGAGUUUUGCCAGGAGAACAUGUUGAGGGGGUUGAGCUUGCUUCUGGUGGAAAGCUAAAGUACAAGUUCAACAGUAUGCUAUAUCUUUUGUGUGCAUAGAGAAGGAAUGCUAAUUUAUGACAGCUUGGUCUUCCUCAAUGUUUACGUUUGCGAUUCUGGCAGCUGGAACUGUUGCCCAAGGAGCCGACUUUCCUGUUUGGACCUUCAUCUACGAGAAUUAUCUUCAGAUCCUCACAACAAAUAUGAUCAUUGCAUACUCUCUCGCAACAUAUGUCUAUGUCAAAAGUUUUAGCGUCAAGCCAGGAAACUCCGACUUACGAGAGCUCGCAUUGGGAGGACAAUCCGGAAACAUGAUAUACGAUUGGUACAUUGGACGAGAGCUCAACCCACGUGUUACUAUCCCCUUAAUUGGUGAAAUUGACAUCAAGGAGUUUGCUGAAUUGCGUCCCGGUAUGCUCGGAUGGAUCAUUUUGAACCUGUCAUCUAUCGCACACCAGUACAAAACAUAUGGUUAUAUCACGGAUAGUAUUGCCUUCAUCACCGUCAUCCAAGCUGUCUAUGUCAUGGAUUCUUGGUGGAUGGAGAAUGCAAUCCUUACUACAAUGGACAUCACCACCGACGGCUUUGGUUUUAUGCUUGCCUUUGGCGAUCUUGUUUGGUUACCAUAUAUCUACUCCACUCAAACACGUUAUUUGUCCGUCUACCCAUUGUCCCUUGGGCUCGUCGGUCUAGUACCUAUCUUCGCCAUCGUUGGAACUGGUUACUACAUUUUCCGUAGUGCCAACAACGAGAAGAAUCGAUUCCGAAUUAACCCCAAUGAUCCCCGCGUCGCACAUCUCAAGUAUAUUGAGACAGCAUCCGGCUCCAAACUUCUGGUUUCAGGCUGGUGGGGAACUGCUCGACACAUCAAUUACUUUGGAGACUGGAUUCAAGCAUUUGCAUACUGUAUGCCUACGGGUCUGGCAGGAUACGUUGUCCAACACAGCUCCAUCGCUCCUGGUUCUGGGAAAUCUUUGGCGGAUGGUUCGUUUGUUUAUACUGGUCCAUCCACCUACACCGAAGUCUUCCAAGGUGCUGCUAAAGGUUGGGGUAUGAUUUUUACUUACUUCUACCUUAUCUACUUUGCCAUCCUAUUGGUUCACCGGGAGAGAAGAGAUGAGGAGAAGUGUAUUAGGAAGUAUGGUGAGGACUGGAACAAAUAUACCAAAGCGGUUCCGUACCGCAUCAUUCCUUGCGUUUACUAGACUCUUGUCCUGGUAGGGAAUUGAAUGGAGAGAUAGGUGGUUUGGGGACGA